AUGGAGAAGAUUAGAGAGAAACUAGCGACUUUGAAAGCGGAGUCCGAGCAGUGGCAGGACAAGUAUGAGGAGCUUAAGGAGGAGAAAAAGCAGCUCGAGGAUAAAAAUAUUGAGAUGGAGAACCAGAUCAAGUCAUUGACGGUGAAGAACGAGCACCUGGAAGAGGAGCUGGAGAAGCUGGAAUCGCAGUUGAACGAGCACAAGCAGCUGGCCGAAGACUCCACGAACUUGCGCUCGCACAACGAGAACUUCACGAAGAAGAACCAGCAGUUGGAGGAGGAGCUGGAGGAGAGCGACACCAAGUUGAAGGAGACGCUCGAGUUGUUGCGCGAGACAGACUUGAAGUCCGAGCAGUUGGAGCGCAAGGUCGCGUCUUUGGAGAACGAGGUACAGGACUGGGAGUCCAAAUACGAGGAGUUGCAGACCAAGUACUCGUCUGCGAAGGGUGAGUUGGAUGAGAUCACCGCCUCGUUGGAACAUUUGUGA